ACUCCUCACUCAAUCUUUCAUUCACUCUUCACUCUUGAGUAACUCACUGCACUGCACCAAAGUGCCAUGUCACACAAACAUCUCCUUUUCUCUCUGUUCUAAUUUCUACCAACUCUGUUACACAACAGUCUUCUUCUCUCUCCCUCCCUCUCUCUCUCUCUCUCUCUGCUGUUCCAACUUGCAUUGAAGUCAGCGAAUCCACCUCAACCUUCCCUCAGAUCGAACCCCUCCUGUACCAACACCUUCAUUACUUUCAUCCCCAAUAGAGCAAGAUUCUCCCAGGUAAUAUUCAAUUUUGGUUUCACAAAAAAAAUAAAAAUCAUUUUUUUACUCUGUUUGUUUCUGGGUUUUGUUCGUGAGUCCCGGUUAGUUGUUGUUGUCCGAGCCAACCCACAUGAAUUUUCUUUUAUUUUAAUUGCUGUUUUUGCGAGAAUUUAACGACUUUGAUUUCGUUGACUUUUAAAAAGUUUAUUUUGAAUCUUAUUUCCCAACAACUGGUGAAUUUUUUUGGCUUGAAUUCUGGGUUCUUAGUUGUCAUCGUGCUCCAGCUAUCUCUUCCCAAACCAAUUCGGUUUGUUAUUUGUUCAAAAACUCAUCUUUUUGGGACUACUUUCUGUUCCUUUUCCCCUCGUCGACUACUACUUUUUGCUUCCAUUGACUUACAUUCGGUGCUUUUUUUUUACAGUUCGAUAGUAACUUAAAUCAACCUUCGAAUUUAAUUCUUUACUUUUUUUUUAACCUUUGUGUCGAAAUUCCUCUCCCGAUGAGUAUUUUGCUUCGCAUAUGAAUUUGAUUUGGUUUCUGAAGAAUUUUCAUGUUGGAGACUGCGAGAUUCUGUUCUAUCGAAAAGCUGAGUUGACCUUCGGGACUGUCGCCACAGUAAACGGAAAACCAAACAUUGAGGCUUGGAUUUUUUAUUGCAAUCUCUCUCUCUCUCUCUCGUUUUUUCCCCUUUGUUUCGUCACUUUCUGAUUUGGUUACUUUUCUUCUUCUCUUUCUCUAACCACUGUUACUGUAUGUAAUUUUGAAAGUUCCCCUUUGUUUUGGUGUUUCUAAUGGUUCAAUGUACAAUUGUACAUGUAGCAUGCGCAUUUGUUCUUUCUGGCACAGAUGAAAAUGGAACUCUGCGUUUUCUUUAUUCGUCUGGGACCGCUCCCCAAAAUAAGAAUGGGGCGAAAAAUACACACCAAAAAAAGGAAAUCUAUUGGAUAAAUAUUUCGUUUGGCUUUAUCCAACCUUUUCUACCAUUAUGCAUUGUACGAAUAAUAAUAAUAAUAAUAUUGUUUGUCCCUUUUUUUAACUUUACCACUCUGUCUGAAUCGACUAUUCCCCCAUCUCCCUUUCAAAUUGGAGAUUACAAGGUUUUUAUAAAAAAAAAUAUAUAACAUUUACUAUUAGGAAUGUACUUUAUUAUAAUUUUUAAUAAAUUUUAUUUAUUUAUUUAUUCCUGAACCCUUUAUGGCAAUUGUGAUGCUUUGAAAUUUUGGAACAACUUUUUAAUGAGACAAGAAAUAAGAAAUAACUUACUACUGGGCCUCUGUUUGUCCUGUUCUUAUGAUAACUCCAGUUGGAGGGCCGUGAGGAUGUUGGAGAAAGUGGAGGAGUUUAACAUGGACAAAGUUAUACAAGAGUUUGAGACACUGACAAAGGAUGCGGAAAGGGUUCAGAAGGAAACGCUCAAAAGGAUUUUGGAGGAUAACGCAUCAGCUGAAUAUUUGCAGAAUUUGGGUCUCAAUGGAAGAACUGACCCCGAGAGUUUCAAGGCCUGUGUUCCUCUGGUUACCCACCAAGAAUUGGAGCCUUAUAUCUAUAGAAUUAUUGAUGGCGAUGCUUCUCCUAUUCUCACUGGAAAACCCAUCACCACCAUGUCUUUAAGUUCUGGCACUACCCAGGGGAAGCCAAAAUACGUACCAUGGAAUGAUGAAUUGUUUGAAACCACAAUGCAGAUAUAUCAGACCUCUUUUGCCUUUAGAAACAAAGAGUUUCCUAUCACAAACGGUAAGGCUUUAAGCUUCAUAUACGGUAGCAAACAGUUCAAAACAAAAGGGGGUCUGGCAGCUAGAACUGCUACAAGCAAUGUGUUCCGCAGUGCAGGUUACAAAUGUGGAAUGAGGGCACUUCAAUCCCAAUGCUGCAGCCCUGAUGAAGUGAUAUUUGGUCCUGAUUUUUUCCAAUCAUUAUAUUGCCAUCUAUUGUGUGGACUGAUUUUCCGUGAGGAAGUUCAGUUUGUGUCUUCCACAUUUGCACAUAGCAUUGUCCAUGCUUUUAGAACCUUUGAAGAAGUGUGGGAGGAUCUGUGUACUGAUAUCAGAGAAGGGGUUCUCAAUAACAAUGUCACGGUUCCAUCCAUUCGAAUGGCUAUGUCUAAGCUGCUCAAACCAAACCCAGAAUUAGCCAACCUGAUCCACAAUAAAUGUGUGGGAUUGAGCAACUGGUAUGGGUUGAUACCAGAGCUUUUUCCCAAUGCUAAGUAUAUUUAUGGCAUCAUGACUGGGUCGAUGGAGCCUUAUUUGAAAAAGUUGAGGCACUAUGCUGGGGAGUUGCCUUUGUUGACUGCUGACUAUGGAUCUUCUGAAGGAUGGAUUGCAGCAAAUGUGAACCCAACACUCCCUCCUGAAUCUGCCACUUAUGCUGUGCUUCCUCACAUCGGUUACUUUGAAUUCAUUCCUCUCACAGACCUUGAGAAUGCCAAGGGAGAUUUCCUCUCUAUUGAUCCUCAGCCAGUGGGCCUCACUGAAGUCAAGGUUGAUCAAGAGUAUGAAAUUGUUAUGACCAAUCCAGCAGGUUUAUACCGUUAUAGGCUAGGGGAUGUGGUGAAGGUUAUGGGAUUCAACAAUUCAACUCCAGAACUAAAGUUUAUUCGGCGAAGCAGUCUUCUACUGAACAUUAACAUUGACAAGAACACAGAGAAGGAUCUACAGAUAGCUGUGGAAGAAGCAGCGAAAUUGUUAGCAGAGGAGAAAAUGGAAGUGGUUGAUUUCACUAGCCAUGUUGAUAUAUCAAAAGAACCAGGGCACUAUGUCAUAUUCUGGGAGCUAAGUGGGGAAGCAAGUGAAGAAGUACUUGGAGAAUGCUGCAAUUGUUUGGACAAGUCUUUUGUUGAUGCAGGCUACACCAGUUCUCGCAAAGUCAACUGCAUUGGGGCCCUUGAACUCCGAGUUGUAAGGAGGGGAACAUUCCAGAAGAUUCUUGAUCAUUACCUAGGACUAGGAACCGCUGUUAGUCAGUACAAGACACCAAGAUGUGUAGGUCCUACAAACAUCAAAGUGUUGCAAAUCUUGAGUGAAAAUGUUGUGAAGAACUAUCUCAGUACUGCUUUCAAUUGAAUAAGGAUUUGGGAAUAAAAAUCUAUCAAGUUGAGUUGGUUUCACUCACCUCAUUAUGCUUAUGCAUGCUACUUUCUACCUUUCUUUCAACUCUUUAGACCGUUCUUGCCUUUGGCUGGUUAACUUAUCACACGUUCCUCUCUGCAAUACUAAAAGUAAUGGUUGACUAAUCAUGGAUCGAUGUACACAUGUCAUGUCGGUGGUACCAAGGAUUAAUAUUGAAAAGAUAAGAUUGUCGGCGUAAAGGUGAUAAAUCAUGUGAACGUCAUGCCCCAGUGUGCAGAAAAUAUACCCAAUACCAAAUUAAUAAAAAGAAAAUGGAUUAGAAGUUGAAAAUGCUUUAGGGCUUAAUAUAUAUGUAUAUAUUGUCUUCCUGAAGAACAUGUACUGGAGUUUGUUCACGCAAAAAUUUCAGAUAUUUUGAUUAUUAGUAUAAUGGUUUCCCUUCAUCGGACUU